AUGCGAGACUUCUGGGCUGUGGUGUAUUUGGCCACAGUAAGCUUGACCCGGAAUCAAAAAUUUGGCUAUCUUCUUCAGGAAUUUUUCUUCCCGUGCCAUCUAAGCAACAUCCACUUUACCUUCCCUUUUCCACACUUCUCCAAAAUUAUUUGUAUCCCUUCCCCCAACAUCAAGAUGAGAUUAAAUAGAGAGUUGUAUCCUUCAUCCUACCAAGCGGGUGAGGCGGCCCGGGCCGCGCGGCCGCCGAGUCCGGGAGCCCUGGGCCGGGUGGGGGCGGGCGGAGGCGCGGUAGGAAACGCCCGGGGCGGCCGCGCGGGUCGGGCUGGGGGCACGGUGGAGGGGAGGGACGGGGUGGCGCCGGGCUGGGCUGCCCGGGCGGCGCGCCCUGCGGGGACUCGCGGGGAGGAGAGGCAGACCCGCGAGCCUCGGGAUUCCGGGACCGCCCUCUCCCGCCCCAGGGCCAGCGGCGAGCGGCAACGACGGCUAGAGCCGCAGCGGCAGCAUGAGAGCGGGCUCCGCUGCUCCACGCCUGCGGACGCGCGGCGAGAGGCGGCGGCGGUGCCUGCGCGCGCCAUGGGGGCGCCGUGGGGCCCGGCGGGCGGCCGGCGCUUCGGGCGGCGCGGAUGCCGGGGGCUUCCGUGGAGCGCCCCGGCGCUGGCGGCUGCCGGCCUGCUGUGCACCGCUCUGGCCGCCUACUCCUGCUGGAGGCAGCUGCCGCCGCUGCCCUGGCGGUCCUUCGGCCCGCGGCGGCCGGUGGGCGUGCUGCUGUGGUGGGAACCCUUCACGGGGCGCGACAGCGGCGCGAGGCGGCCGCCGGACUGCUGGCUGCGCUUCAACAUCAGCGGCUGCCGCCUGCUCACCGACCGGGCGGCCUAUGCGGAGGCCCAGGCGGUGCUCUUCCACCACCGGGACCUCGUGAAGGGCCCCCCCGACUGGCCCCCGCCCUGGGGCGUCCAGGUGCGCGGGGCCGAGGGGCUGGAGUUGCAGGUGUUGGACGACGAGGAGGCGGCGGCGGCCGAAGCCUUGGCCACCUCGGGCCUCAGGCCCCCGGGCCAGCGCUGGGUGUGGAUGAACUUCGAGUCGCCCUCCCACUCGCCGGGCUUGCGAAGCCUGGCAGGUAACCUCUUCAACUGGACCCUCUCCUACCGGGCCGACUCGGACGUGUUCGUGCCUUACGGCUACCUCUACCCCAGGACCCAUCCCAGCGACCCGCCGCUGGGCCUGGCCCCGCCGCUCGCCCGGAAACGGGGGCUGGUGGCCUGGGUGGUGAGCAACUGGGACGAGCGCCAGGCCCGGGUGCGCUAUUACCGCCAGCUGAGCCAGCACUUGGCGGUGGACGUGUUCGGCAGGAGCGGGCUGGGGCGGCCGGUGCCCGACAUUGGCCUCCUGCACACAGUGGCCCGCUACAAGUUCUACCUGGCCUUCGAGAACUCGCAGCACCUGGAUUACAUCACUGAGAAGCUUUGGCGCAACGCGUUGCUGGCCGGGGCCGUGCCGGUGGUGCUGGGCCCCGACCGUGCCAAUUAUGAGCGCUUCGUGCCCCGCGGUGCCUUCAUCCACGUGGAUGACUUCCCUAGUGCCUCCUCCCUGGCCGCCUACCUGCUCUUCCUCGACAGAAACCCGGCAGUCUACCGUCGCUACUUCAACUGGCGCAGGAGCUACGCGGUGCACAUCACCUCCUUCUGGGACGAGCCCUGGUGCCGGGUCUGCCAGGCUGUGCAGACCGCCGAGGACCGGCCCAAGAGCGUACGCAACUUGGCUCGCUGGUUUGAGCGGUGA